AUGAAGUCGUAUCUGUUCCAUAGAUUCGGUCUGAUUUCACGUCGCGAUUCGUAUUUGGCUCGUCAGAGUGAAGGCUCAAUAACACAAAGCGCAUGGCAGGAGAUGGGUAAAGAGAGUCCUCUGAAAGUUCGUUUGAAAACAAUCGAUCAGUUACGAGGGCCAAAUUACGUGCUUGGGUCGGAUAUAGAGUAUGGUGUGGCUUGUAAUCUGGUGUGUCAUGUGAAGGUUCUGCAGAAUCGUCGAUUGCAAUUCAGCACGCUUGAAGCGAUUUAUUUGGAAACAAGCGAUUUGUUAGAAGUGGAAGAUGCAAAGGAAUCCGUGCUGAAAAUGUUAAUCACACUAACGAAACAUCAAAUCGACCAGAUCGGUUUAGCACUUCGCGAUACUUUUUUUAAGGUUCGGUUUUUUGAAGGCUUAUUUUGUUAG